GAAGUAGGAAAACAAGAGCGAGGGGAAGGAUUCUGGUUAAUCCAUUAGAGUAUGUACUUCAGCUUGUAGCACAGGUCCCUGUGCUUCGAUAUACACGGAGGUCGACAAUCAGGGAAAAGAAUCGAUGGAAUCUGAGAAGAGCCACGCCUGAUGACGUGGUUUUGCGUAGUAAGUUUUGUUGUAGCCGCCAGACGGCUGUGUUUUUCCACCUCCGAAAGGCGAAUGAAUGGGGGUCCGUUGUUUAAAUGCUUUUUAGCUUCCCCGCCCCUCUACCAAACGCACCACCGUGAGGGAUGCAUGACGCGUAGACAUCGUGAUGAUCGAAACACUGGAGGUGGGGGUUUAUGUCGGAGGGGUGGGGCUGUCGAGUCCAUCGUCUCUCCUGUAGUCGAAUGAAAAGGAAGUCAAGGAUUAUGUGACAAAUGGGUAUCAUAACACCGCUGUUUUCGCCGAAACACGCAAAUCGAAAGACAUAGGAGAUGCAAA